UUUUGAUAUAAAAAUUCUAAAUCAAUCCUUUUGUGUCCGCGCAGAUAAAAAAUAAUAAAAAUAACCCUAGCAUCGGAUUGGGUGGUCCGGCUGUGCUUCGGUUUGGGGGACCCUUCUACGAUGGUUCUAUUCCAUCUUCCACCCAAUGAAUUUUCUGCAGCACGAACAUAAUAUCUAGAUUCGAAAAUAUUUUUUUUUGCUUUAAUCUCAACAACUAGAAUUUUUAAGUCGAUUAGCUUUUUUUUCCUUUUUUUUCUUUUAAUGAUCAAUAGUCUUGUGUUCAUUCUAAAAUUUUUUUUUGUAAAUUCUUUUCUUUAAAAAAAAUAUUAUUGACACUCAUUUUACUACUAAUAACCUUUCUACUUUGAUUGCUCACUCUAAAAAUUGCUAACAAAAAAAAGAUUAGUUGAUAGAUCAAAAAGCUCAAUUACUCUUUUUUUUGUAGCGACUUCCGUCCUUUCUCCUUCUUCCCUUCAGCCUUUCCAUGCUUGCAUUAUUUUCACGUUUUUUUUUGAAUUUCCACUCCUUUUUUUAUUCAACAUUUCCCCUCCUAUCUUCACCCUUUUCUAACAUUGUUUAUUUGACAAAAAUUUUUUUGCUUUUCCUUUAAAAACAAUGAAAAAUUGACUUCAAAAACAAAAAUCAAUUGAAUAAAUUACAUAGCUUUUCUUUUUUCUUUUUUUUGUUCUUUCUAACAAUCGUUGACCGUUUAUCCCAUUUUAUUAUUUAUUUUUUGCCCAAAAAAUAUGUCUUUUGCAGGAGAAAAGUCUUUUUUUUUUUGCAGAAAAGCCGCAGGUGGUACUGCGAGAAAGCUUUAUAUACUUACAAGCACUUUUCUUUUUUAUAUACUUUCUUACUUUUUUUGCGACAGGGCAAAACACCGUCCUAACAAGAUACCGUCCACACAUUAGAUUAAAGAAUAUUGUCAAU